AUGGCAACAGCAAUAAAGGAUCGAGUUAUUCCUACUAUGGAUACUUUGGUUAAAUAUGACAAUCCAGUUCUAGUUACUAUUCGUUCAGAAAAGGUACCUAAAGAACAAGGACCGAAAAUCGGAGCAACAGUUUGUAAAGUUGAAACUACUAUUCCUACGCUUGAUACACGACAUGAAACUUCUGAAAUUCUCAACAGAAUAUUACCACCUAAGCAAUGGGAAGAAAAUGGACAAAUCUGGACUCAACAAGUAUCAAGUACACCAGCAACAAGAUUAGAUAUUAUUAAUUUACAAGAACAUCUAGACAUGAGAUUGCAACAAAGACAAGCAAGAGAAACUGGUAUUUGUCCAGUACGUAGAGAACUUUAUACACAAUGUUUCGAUGAAAUAAUACGUCAGGUGACAGUAAAUUGUGCAGAACGUGGAUUACUUUUACUUAGAAUUAGAGAUGAACUUAAGAUGACAUUAGCUGCAUACCAAACUUUGUAUCAAAGCAGUAUUGCUUUUGGUAUGCGCAAAGCUUUACAAGCUGAGCAAGGAAAGGAAGAUUUAAUUGCAACUGCAGAUGAACUACAACUACAAAAAGCUGAGUUAGAAAAAACAGUUGUUGAAUUAAAACAAAAAUUUGAACAGGCUGAAAGGAGAGCAACUGAACUAAGGGAAGCUGAGGAGAAAAAGCAUAUGGAAGAAAUACAAUUUUUGAAAAAAACAAAUCAACAAUUGAAAACGCAAUUAGAGGGAAUUAUUGCACCAAAAAGAUAA